AUGCUUACCAGCACUCUUUCUCUCUUUGCCGCCGCUGUGGCCUCCGUCUCAGCCGCCGCCAUCCGCCGCGACAAUGGCAUCUCUGUCACUCCUCACGACAAGUACUCUUCAUCCAUUGGUGUCCUUGGCUGCAAGGUCAACACCAACCGCAUCGCAUACUGGCCAUCAUUCCCCAGCUGCGACAGCAUCUGCGUCAAGGUCAGCGCCAACGGCAGAUCCGUCAACCUUCUCAAGAUCGACCAGUCUGGCGGAGCCCACGACAUCUCCUACGAUGCCUGGAACUACCUGAACACUGGAGAGUCUGCUAGCUCGGAUCCCUCCGCCGGUGGCGGUAUCGCUGCCACCUAUGAGGACGUUGACAUGUCCGAGUGUGCGGAUCUCAUCACCGAGUCCGAGGGCCGCCUUGCCUUCUCUGCAGCAAACUCGAUGAACUUUGUCACCAGCUGCCCAGCAGACUCUUGGAUUGGUCAGCACUCUGUCCUGUACAACAUUGCCAACUCUGCUUGUACAUAUGGAUACGACGAGGCCUGCAGCAUGCCUGACUUUGCUGUCACCAACCAGCCAAGCUGCCCUCACACUCUUGGAUCGCAGGAGCCUCUUACCACCUGCCCCGUCUACAACAUUGACUACAUGACGGGUACCCAGUCGCUGGCUCUGUAA